AUGUCCAUGAACAUUGACAAGCCCCUUGACCAGAUCAUGGCCGAACGUCCCAAGAAGAGCGGUGCCGGUGCCGGUCGCAACAGCCAACGCGGUCGCCGUGGAGGCCGUAGUGCUCGUCCCAGCGCCAAGGCUGCCGCCGUCGGCAGCAACGCUCAGAACGCUGCCGUCAUCGCAGCCUCGAACCGCAGCAAGCCUCCCAUCGUUAUUCCCGGCCGAGGCAGCGGCGGUGGCAGCAAGAUCAUCCUCAGCAACCUGCCUCUCGAUGUAACCGAAGCUCAAGUCAAGGAACUGUUCGCUACCACCAUCGGCCCGCUUCGCAAGGUGGCCAUGAGUUACCGAGCCACCGGCCAGUCAACUGGCGUUUGCACUGUUGAAUUCCAGCGAGCCGACGAUGCUGGCCGUGCAUACACCCAAUACAACAACCGUUUGAUCGAUGGAAAGAAGCCCCUCAAGGUUGAAGUAGUUGUGGACCCUUCCAAGGUGGCUGCUGCUCCCGCUGCCGCGCCAAAGGGUGCCAAGGCUGUCAAGGGUGCCGCCGCUGCUGGCCCAGCCAAGGGCAAGGGAGGUCGCGGUGCUACCUCUGCGCAGGGUCGCGGCCGUGGCCGUGGCGCCAAGCGCGAGGCGCGCCCCAAGAAGACUGUCGAGGACCUCGACGCCGAGAUGGAGGACUACAACAAGCAGGCCUCCACCGAUGCCCCUGCCUCGUAA